AUGAUGAGUAGUGCAGACUCUGAAGACUCUUGCUUGCCCUCCAAAACAAGAAGUUCUAAAAUAGAGGACAACUACCUGAAAGAAUUGAAUGAGGAGUUAAAGCUAAGGAAGCAGGAACUGCUAGAAAUACUAAAACCUCUAGAAAAUAAAAACAACCUCUUAUUGCAGAAGUUAAUGUCUAACUUGGAGGAGAAACAAAACAGUCUGCAGAUCAUGAGGCAAAUCAUGGCAGGGAAGGGAAGUGAUGAUGAAUCUUCAGUUAUGGAGCUUAUUAAGGAAGCAGAAGAGAUGAAACAGAAUCUGGAAAGGAAAAACAAGAUGCUUCGGAAUGAAAUGGAGAUGCUAUGGAACAAGACAUUGGACACAGAAGAAUACAGCGAUCAACUGAAAACACCACAGAUAAAAAACACGGCAGAUUCACAGGAUGCAGAGGUUCUCCAACCCCCCUUAUCACCCAGGAAGAUAAAGAGUGAACUGGAGACAUGUGAGCUGAAGGAGAUAAAGAAGGAAAAGAAACAGAGGAAAAUGGAAUGGGUCAGGUGUCAGGAUCCAGUCAACAUCUAUCAGAAUGACUUUCAUGGCAAGGUUAUGGAGCUGAGAAUUGGAGCCUUGAAGAACUACCAGAAGUCCAAUGACCUGAAAUUAUCACUGUAUUUACAGCAGAAUUCUGGGCCAAAGCAAACAUUUUUUAAUCUCCCUGGAGCUCAAGGUACUAUGGCAACUACGACUAUUGGCAGAGCAACUACCAGCAGAAAUGACUCUAAUAGCGAGCAGAAGAAGGACACAAACCGCAAAGAUGAGGCGGGACGAGAACCCUCCUUCGUCGCCCACAGCGGGCUCUGUUACAUUAGCCCCCCUUCGGCCCCCACGCAGCUUUCAGAACCACCUCCAGGUUCCUUGGCCCCUUCAGGGGGGCCGUCGGUCGUUGCGAGGAGAGGUCCCACGAGCCCAUGCUUCCCUAGUGCCCUCCAGAGAGCAGUUCUAAGACCCGGACAGCCCGACCGAGGCGCCGACCCGCAGCGUCGGGCUCGGCAGGGGAUUGCUUCUGUCUGGGGCUCGGCUGAAGAGGCGUUCAGGUCUCGCGCGCACCCGUUCCGCGUUCUUCCAGCCAAUCGGGCGCUACUCGCACGCCCAGAAACGCUCCACGGCCUUUCUCAGGCUGGGCCGCUCCUUCCCGCUCCCAGUACUCGGCAGCAGAGCUCACUCCUCCCCUCACUCUCCACGAGUUACACGCCUCGCGGUGUGGCUCCGCCCCAGUCCUGA